AUGAAUAACGAUCCAUUAAGUUACCAGUUUCAAAACUUACAAUUCAAUAACAACAACAACAACAACAAUAAUACUACUGUACCUCACCCGCUACUUGGCGACAGGGUUCCUUUGUCACGGACUUCCUCAUUGGUGGAUUCCAUCGGAAUGCAAAGGGCUUCCUCUCCGUAUGCCAAUGGUUCCACAGCAGAACAUCAUGAUGCAUUGAAUCAACGACCACCCUUGACCACUGCACGAUCUCAAUCGGCUUUAUUGAAUUCCUGGCAGCCAUCUUCUUCUUCCUCCACCUCACAGAAUCACCAUCAUAACGACCCAUCUACUCCCAAUGCAUUGCAUCCAUCGUUGCCACUGAAUCACAAUAACAGUACUACCGUCAUGCCAAGUGUCAACCAAACGUCCGUGUUCAAUCAUCAAAUCCCAUUGCAUACAUCUUCCACAUCGUCACUUCUACAGAUGCACCCUCCAGGUGCAAACCCUGCCUUGAACCCAUUGCCACCAGGAAUUCCCGCUUCAUUCAUGCCAUUCCCACAACCAAUCAUUUCACAUUGGAAAUAUAAAGAUAUGCAAGGAAAUAUCCAGGGUCCGUUCGAUUCUUCAACAAUGGCGAAAUGGUAUGAAUCGAACUACUUUCAACCGGAUUUAUCAAUAUGUCGGAUGGGAUCCACUUAUGAACCAUUGGGAAUUAAUGAUAGAUUCAUUACUUUGACAGAUUUAGCUCGUUUGGUUCAAAAUGUUAAAGAUCCAUUUAGUGCAUUUGAUCAAAUGGUCUCAAUAUUUCAACAACAGCAACAGCAACAGCAACGUCUUCCUCCGCAGAUGCAUAUGACAAACCAUCAAUUUAACCCACCUGUGACGACUGAAACAAUCACGAAUGUGACAAAUACGUUACCAAGAGUCUCAAACUUUUUCCCAGCAGAUUCUCAAACAAAAAAAGAAGAGCCACAACAAGAAAAUAAUUUAGAUGAUUUAACUUUGGAACAAAAAAUUAACAGGCAAAGAGAACAUCUGGUAGCAGAAGCAGAUAUCGAAGCAAGUGGUGAUUAUACACAGGAUGAAAUAUUUAAGAUGAAAUUUGAUGAUGGAAGUUAUUAUCGCGAAGUGACUGUCCCGGUAUCAAUGAACAGAAAACAUAUUAGAAAGAUGGACGUAUCUACUAUCAUUAAAGAAAAUGAUCUAGGUGAUUAUUGGGCCAUUAAGGAGACACCUGAGUAUGUUGAAAAGAUGCAAAUCUUUGCUAAAGAAGAUGAAAUUAAGAAUCGUGAAAACCAAGAAAAGUUUGAACUUGAAAGAAAAGAGAAUGAAAGACAAGAAGUUAUUAAGAAAGAACAAUUGAAGAAAGAAGCCGAAUUAAACGCAAGAGAAAAUGCUCGUUUAAAUGAAGAGAAAAGGCGUAAAGAAAAAGCAGAGAAAGCAGCUAAAUUAUUAUUAGAAGAACAAGAAAGAAAUGAACGUGAAUCCCGCAAGAGAGAAGAACUGAAACUUCAAAAGAAACAAAAGAAAUUAAAAGAGCAACAAGAGAAGGUCGUUCAUAAAGAAAAGAAAAAAAUGAAUCAAAAACAAAAAUUAGAAGCGCUGAAGGCUGAAAAGGCAAAUCAAUUACUUGGAAUGUCAGAAGCUGAAGACGAAGUCGAAACAGAAGAUGAAACAAAUUUUAAGCAAAAUUCAGCUGCUAAUUCUGAGGCCAUACCAUCGGCUCCUAUAGUAACUGCUCCAUGGGCCAACAAGACAGUUAAUGUUUCUUCAAUUCCAAAGAUUAACCUUAAAGAACAGGCUAUUCAUGCUCAGAAGAAAUUAGAGGAGAAAGAAUCAAGAGAAAGACAAAGAGCUAUGAAACUUAACACACAAAUUUUAUUACAAGAUAAAGAAGAAGAGAGUAGAAAAGCAAUGCUGAAUUGGGCAUCAAUGCCAAAAAAAUCCCAACAAAUUCCUGUUUCUAUUGAUAUUAAAUCUCAAUUAAUGAACAACACCCCAAAAAAAAACAAUUCAACCAAGAUAACUUCAAAGAAGGAACCUCUCGAAGAUCCAAGCUUUAUUGAAGAACAGAAAAAAAUUUGGGAACAAGUUCAACGCAACAACACCAAGCACAAAACUACAACAUCUGAUGAUGGUGCAUGGAGUACUGUCACAAAGAAAACCAAUACUAUUGACAAGAAGAAUGCCACUUUGAAACCAGUGGGUCAAUCAAUUAGUGUUCCAAGUUUAAAGAAACCGGCUGUAGCUAUUUCGACUAAUCAUUAUCCUGGUAAUGCAUCUAUUUCUGCUCGUCAAGAGUUCUUGAGAUGGUGUAAAUCACAGUUAAAACUAAACCCCGGUAUAUCUAUGAAUAGUGUGCUAGAGGUUUUAUUAAGUUUACCAGCUGGUCCAAUUGCUAAUGAAAUCAUUGCAGAUACUAUUUAUUCUAAUAGUUCUGUUAUGGACGGAAGAAGAUUUGCUACAGAAUUUACAAAGAAACGUGUUCAAUGUGAAAAACAAGUUAAGGAUCCAUUAAGUUGGAGUGAAGCAUUAGCUUUACCAGAAGGUAAUGAUGAUGACUGGGAAUUCCAAGUUGUUAGUAAAAAGAAAGGUAAGAGACAUUAG